CUUCAAAAACCCAAACCAAAGUUUAAUUUUGCAGCGUUCAAUUAAAUAGACAGUUAUGGGCUCGUGUUUUGACAAGCUCGUGACAAGCGUGUCCAUAACGAUAUGCGCUAAGGAUAUUAUGUACUCGUCGGAUUAUAAUGUUGUUACGGUUUAAUGUUUCCUAGCGCAGGUGAUAAGUAUGCGAACUCAUCUGACCAUUAUCAUUAACGGUGAGCAAAGUGCUGUUAUGGACAAGGGCACGUUGCUUGACCAACACGUUUAUGGUUUAGCGUAAUCAAACGCGAAUUAGCAGCAACAGAAAACGAUAUGGAAGUCUCAGAGGAUCCUGAUGCCGACGCCGUGACCUUACACCUGUCUCAGACCCUUCAUACUGCGAUAGGUGUCUUUCUUUCAGCUUCAAGUUUGAUCGGUAUUUUGGCAAACGUAAUCGUCCUGAUUGCCUUUUGGAGACUGAUUACCACGCGACUGUCACCAGCAUCGAUCGUGCUCAUCAACCUCACACUUAGUGACCUCGGCAUUUUACUCAUGGGAUUUCCUUUUAAUGCCACAUCGCAUUUUGCUGGACGAUGGUUGUACGGGGCCCUAGGGUGCCAGAUAUAUGGGUUUUGUUGUUUUUUAUUUGGGACAGCUCAUAUUGGCACUCUGUCUCUUCUAGCUUAUGAGCAAUACCGGACCAUCUCGAGAAUGCGGCCGGACGCAGCGCCUUCGCAAAGCUACCUCGAUCGCUUACAGCGUACGUAUAUCUUCUACGCAGUACUAAUUUGGACGUUUGCGUCGAUUUGGGCUACACCACCGUUGUACGGUUGGAGUCGUUACUCGCUGACGCCGUUUGGAACAGCGUGCACAAUCGACUGGAGACGAAAUACAUAUGAAUAUAAAACAUAUAUUAUAGCAUAUUUUAUCGGUGGAUACAUACUGCCAUUUUCGUUAAUUAUCUAUUCAUUUCGGAAAAUGAUUCUAAUGAAACGGGCCUAUCGGACGGAGUUCGCACGACGAUCAAUAGGAAGCUCGCAAAGCCAACAGCCCGCCAUUAUCGACACGCUUAAGCAGCAACGAGAAGAAGACCUCACCAUGACGUCUCUUCUCAUCGUAACGUCUUUCCUUUCGACCUGGACUCCAUAUGCCGCUCUCUGCCUUUGGAGCGUCUUUUUCGGACCAUCUACCGUACCUUCGUGGCUGAUGAUCGCUCCAAAUAUAUGCGCAAAGGCCUCAGGUGCCUUAAAUCCGUUUAUUUACUCACUUAGUAAUCGAAACCUUCGAUCGGCUAUUGCAGACACUAUUCGGGCGGCAAAGGCUAGCCUAUGCAGAGAGACAGGUCAGCCAGGCGACGUUCAGGACGAAACAACACAAAUGGCUGAAUGUACUGAAUUGUCUUCGACUACUCCUGCGAGUCAGCGAGAUAGUUUUAUUAAUAUAUAAACAAUAUGUUGAUAAAUAAUUGAAACUAGCUGGCCUUCUAGGUCAUUGCUAACGUAACCGCAGACUGUGAAGUAUGAUACAAUACAAGUUACCUUUCUGGAUCCUACGCAAAAAACCCUAAAUGAUUAUUUCGCUUUUAAACGAAUGUUAGCAAAUAUGGCCAUUUUGUGCGUAGUACGGAUCCAGGCCCAUCCGAAGGAAGAAUAAGAAAAGAUUGCAACUGAGGCGGCCCAGUUACCUGAAUAAACUAGACAUUGUCUAUUUCCCGUUGGAACGUCGUUUUAGUGAUGCAAAUUUAACCCAGAUGAGCUAUAGAUGUGUUAGCUGAUGUGGACAUCUUUGGA